UCACCCUCACGACGUUCAGAAAUUUGGUCGCACUCCAAGUAACUUUCUUUUUGUCUUUUUUUACCAAGUGUUCGAGAUGGACGCAUACGGACCUCAGUCGCCGAGCUUCGACCCGUCCAUAAUCGAAUAUAAGGGAUUUCGUUUUCUGAAUUUUAAAUACAACGAGAAGUACAUUGAUUCCCUGGAGACUUUUGAAACUAGAGAAAGCGACGUUUUUGUUGUAACUUAUCCGAAAUCUGGAACUGUGUGGACACAACAGAUUGUGUCGUUGAUCUGUCCUGAUGAAGACCGCACUGGAGAGGAGCUGCUGCCAAACAAUCUGCGAUUCCCAUGGAUUGAAUUCUUCAAUGAAGAAAUAGAUCACAGUUCACGGCCAUCACCGCGAUUCUUUUCAUCUCAUCUGCCUUAUAAUCUUGUGCCCAAUGAGCUGAGGAAAGGAAAAGGAAAGGUCAUUUAUGUUUCACGAAACCCUAAAGAUGUAAUGGUAUCUUAUUUUCAUUUUACAUACUUCUUUAAACCAAUGGGGAAAGCAAAGGAUUUCAGCGAGUUCAUGGACAAUUUUCUGAAUGGAAACGUACCCUUGGGCUCUUGGUUUGAUCAUCUGAGGGGAUGGUACGACCACAGAGAUGAGUUCAAUAUCCUUUUCAUAUCAUAUGAAGAAAUGAUUAAGGACCUCAGAUCUGUGGUCAUUAAGAUCUGCAAAUUCCUUGGAAAAAAGAUAGAGAAUAUGGAUAUUGACAAGAUUGCUGAAGAGGGCACCUUCAAUAAGAUGAAGAAGAAUCCUAAAGCAAAUUAUGAAUGGAUACCUGCUGACCAUGCAAAUAAAGAAAAUGGGAGUUUUCUGCGUAAAGGGACUAUUGGAGACUGGAAAAAUGUGAUGACUGUUGCCCAGAAUGAAAAGUUUGACCAAGUCUUCCAGGAAAAAAUGAAAGACCUGCCUUUAAAAUUUAUAUGGGACAUUAAUGAAUGACAUUCUGUUGACCAAGGAGUUGUCCAACCUCUAGCUUGCUCUUUCAUGAUGAAUUUAUUUGUUUAAUCAUUUUUAAUCAUCACUUUAUUUUAAACUGUAUAGAUCAGUAAAAUACAAAGAGACAAUAUCAUCAAUAAUCAUUGUAUGCAGUGUGGCCAGUAGGAGGGAUGGCAGAGCCCCAAAUCUCAGACAUAGUAUCAGUCCCCAGUUCGGUUGACAGCUUAUUUUUAAAGAAAUUUGCCUUACAUUGGCUUCUUUUGCCAAAGCCAGUAAAACCACAAUGCACAUUUAUAUUAUCUAUUUCUAGCCUUCCAUCUUUAUUUCUCUUUCCUCUACUUCUUUAAAUUUACUUAUUUGGCUGAUACCUUUAUCCAAGGUGACUUACAACAUCUGAGAUACAAUUG